AAAUUUUUCAGGUUAUGUUUAUCAAAAUAUAACAAAUAUUGGGAUAAUUUAUUAUUACAUUUAUGAAAUAUAAGAUAAAAUGAGUACAACGUGCAAGUACUGCAAUGAGCCUGAGAAUAAACAGGAUCGCCCAGGACUAAUUUGUGACACCUGUAUAUGUUUUGUGCACUUAAGUUGUUUACGAAGACAAGGUACUCCUGGCGAUUUCGUUUGCGAUGUAUUCUUUGAUUUUACGUGUGCAGAUUGUUCUACGGAUUCUGAAGAACAGUUUUGGCGUAAUAGAUUCACUUGGGUUAAUGUGCUUCUGUUGACAUUAAACCAUCUCAGCAUUCAGAUGCAAGGCAUCAGUAAUCAUGGCUUCUUUCAUUAUAAAACCCAUAUAUGUUCUUUUGUUGAUAGAUACUGGGUGCAACUUUUUGGAGACCAAUUUAAACAAAAGAAAAACUGGGUUGGAACAAUAGCUGGUGUACUCUCAGUACACAGCAAUCUAUUCUUCCGGUCGGGAUCUAUUGCACUUGGGGAGUCGGGGUGGUGGCAAUUGCAGCACUAUUUCUCCCCAGCUGUUGCUGCACACAUAUUACAAGAGCUGGCCCGUGACAGACCAAAAGGUGGCCGCACGCGAAAUCAUAUGUCCUUGGAUAAAACUAUAUUUAUCGCUAAAGUGACAGAAAUGGGUUACCAAGAUUAUCUUAAUCAUAAACCUGAUCGUCCACUGGGGAAAACUGACGAAGGGCCACCCAAGAAACGUCGCUUGGACACAGAUGAGCACAGUGGAGUGUCAACUUCCUCUUUCAGUGAGCCAUUUGAUUCUGACAUGAGGAAGGAUUACCUUGACGAUGCCAUGGAUAGAGAAAAUCAGAACAUGACCUUCGUUACCGCAAAAGACAACUUUACAGAUGUUGAAAGCAUCUUCAGAGGGUUUCAGUUCACCCCCACCAGCCAAGUAGCGCGUAGCGAUACGUCCAGCUUACACUCGAACAAACCCUCACUUCACUACGACUCGGACUCGCACAGCUCACUCAACCACACAGAGUUCCAAUCUGACGACGAAAAAUGCCGCGAAGCUAAGAAAAGUGAAGCGAAAACGAAAAAGGUCGAAGAAAAACCCGUCUUCAGGGCGUACUCCCUGUUUUCCUCGCUUCCCAAUUCCACAGACGUGCCGUGGAUAGAGAGAGAACCAGAGGAUAAAAAGAAAGACUUGGUCAGAAUGACGGAAUACGAAGAGGUCCAACUAUUGAAGACGGUGGAAAAUCUCAUACCCAAAGUGAAGGACUCGAAUAAAAAAGCCGAUCUGUACAGGCUGAAGGCUAAAUUAGCGCUACGGAGACUGAAACGACAUCACCAUUUGCCGAUGUUUGAUUUGGAUAAGACGGUGAAGCUGCUGGGCGGCUACGUCACAGAGGACCCGAGGGUGGUAAUGAACGCUGAACGUGUUCUGGACAGGUUCCAACGAUCGUAUCUAAUAGACAAUCUCUCCGGAACGAUCUCCAGCACCAACUACGGUACGCUAUUGCUGUCGCACAUCGAGCCGACGGCCUUCCGGUCCCCCCACUCUGGGACCAUUCUAAAACCAUAUAUUCGAAGGGACGCGACUACAAUGCCGACUUGGUUGAAGCUUAGAGACGAGCUUUUAAGGAGAACUCAUAGACAUAUUCAAGACUACGAGCCUCCCCCUCGCCCCACCAUCGACUUCUCGUAUGUGCGUCCGCAGCACAUAGCGGCCGUCAACAGUCUGUGUGCGCAGUUCUUCUGGCCCGGCAUCGACUUGACGGAGGCGCUGCAGUAUCCAGAGUUCAGCUGCGUGGUGACGUUCGGUCGGCUGGUGGUGGGCUGCGCCUUCCUGGUGCCGGACGCCGGCGGGCAGGCCUACGUGUCCUUCGUGCUGACGAGGCCGGAGUGGAGGCGCAAGGGACUCGCCGCCUUCAUGCUGUACCAUCUGCUGCAGACCUGCACAGAUAAGGAUGUAACUCUACAUGUAUCACCUACCAAUCCAGCCAUAUUUUUGUAUCAAAAGUUUGGUUUCAAAGUUGAAGAGCUGAUACAGGAUUUCUACGAGAAAUACUACGACAUCGAUUAUAAAGGCUGUCGGCAUGCGCUGUUCUUGAGAUUAGUUCGAUGAUUAAAUGAACUGUUUUCUGAUUA